GUUGGAGGAUAACAAGUACUCCAUCAAGGACCUUGAAACGAUGACUCAAGAUGAGGAUGAGAGCAUACGGGCCUUUGGGAUGCGCUUCCAGAAGAUCUCCGACGUGCUGAUCAAGAUGGGGAAGAUCUCAGAGGUCGAACGCUGUACUAUCUUCAUCGGACACCUGUCCAAAGAUAGACAAAAGAGUAUACUUAGAGAUCUUCCGCGCGACAAGCUUAACUUCCCAGAAGUCCUAAAGCUUGCGAUAAGGGCAGAAGCAAACGACUACAAGGACUUAGUGUGGAGAGGGAUGAGGAGACGUGAUUUCUCUCUCUACAAGGAGUAUGCCACGGAUAGAUGCCCUGAUUUCAAGGAYCACCCUUGGUCGGAGAAGAGUGAAGYCGUGGCCGAGGAAGUGAAGGAGAUAAGGGACAUGGUAAAGGGAUUGACAAGACASGUUACCGAGAUUGUGACAAGCACAGGAGCCACGACUUACCGGGACAAACCCGGAGGGCUCUAUUCACUUCGCUGGGAUCGGAGGAACACCGAUUCCUGGAGGAGUGUCGAGGAYAGAAAUCCUCGCACGCUGACUGAUUAUCGUACGAGGGAAAGAGAGAGAGACGAUGAGCCAUGGCGACAUAGGGAUGACGAGAUAGACYUGGACCACAGAGCUCGCGAGACRUAUGGGCGAGCUAGGAGGCUGGAUGAUUACUCGCGUAGCCCUCRUUAUGAGGCCGAUCGGGGUAGAGGCGACUCUAGAGGCCGGUGGAAGUCAGAUCAGGGCCGACGAGAUGGAUACAGGGACYGCAGAUAUGAGAGAUCAGACCGAGAUGGAUAUAGGGACGGAAGAUAUGAGAGGACGGAUCGAGAUGGCUACGGAGGUGGCGGAUAUGAGAGAGGAGGUCAAGACGUGGACCGACAAGACGACUCGCGUGGACGGUAUGACCACGGGGGAUACGCGAGAAAGUGGCGCGACGAUUCGCGAGGGUGGUACAACCGAGGAGAUCGGCGCGAUGAGACACGCGGGCGAUACGAUGCUGGGGACCGCCGAAACGAUUCACGGGGACGAUAUGAGUCAAGAGGAUCAGGGGGAGACCGCCCCAACGAUUCGCGCGGUCGGAAUGAGAGAGGGGGAUAUGGCGCCUCAUCAGAGCCGUAUCCCAAGUCGCAUGGCCCCAGAGCAGCGAGAGGUACGACCUCCAGAGGCACGGGCGACAGGCAACCCACCCCUAGGAACUCUUGCGUCUACUGUAGAGGGGAUGAUCACAUCAAGAGAGAUUACCCGGACUUCAAACGGGCAAUAGAUGAGGGGUUUGUCGUGCUUGACGACCACAAGUACGUCAAAUGGGCAGAUGAUCUGGGAGAUGUAUCGAUAUUCCCUUCGAUGAAGGAGAAUGUCGAAGCAAGGAGAGUAAAGCCGAGUAAAGGAAAGGAACCGGUCAGGAGUCAGAGCAUCAAGAUAACUUCUGAGGGGGAUAUGGCGACCACACCCAUAAGGGUGGCAGCCACCAAGUCUGCGAGAGGAUCUACAUCGAAGAAGACUGACACGGGUUAUGUGAUGGCAGAGAAGGACGGCAGCCAGCGGAUCGAUGGAGAGGAGGUUAUUCUUUCACCGCGAAAGCGGGGAGUAAAGAAGUUCUUGAUGAAGAGUUUGCUGGAUAAGAUUGACAUUGUCGAGCCACUGAGACGAGCCCUUCGGCAGCCCAUGUUGUGCUCUAUUCUGGAGUACCUGGAGGCAUCGAAGCGAGCUUGCGAUGGGUUACAGAUGAUCACACGAAAGACUCGCAUACCUCUAUCAGAGGAGGCUCAGGGGGGCCCUAAGGCGGAAGCUCCUACCGUAGCAGUAACGGGGGGGACUGCCAGAGCGGAUCGCAUGGCGACAGUCCUUCUUGAUGGGAUGGAAGGUGUGCCACCAGACAAGUUUUACAUACUUGGUAGUGGGGUCGUGGAGACGAUCAUAAACGAUGGAGCGGUACUAGAUGCUAUGAUCGAUAACGACAAUGAGGCUGUCAUUAUAGAGGAGGAUCUGGCAGUACAGGUUGGACUGGACCUCGAUUGGUCAUACUUAUUCGAGAUAGAGACUGCUGAUGGGAGAAAGCAACAGAGCACUGGGGUUUGUCACAAGGCAGCCAUAGAGGUCCAAGGGGUACGAGUGACCCUGCCUGUCUUUGCAGUCAAGAACUGCAGCUCCGAUCUGCUCUUGGGACGAACGUGGUUGAGCCACGUGCAUGCGGUGACGAUAGAACGACCGGAUAGAAGUCAAACGUUGUCCAUUAAGAAGCUAGAUGGGACGCGGGUUAUGAUUGAGACGGUGGAGCCUCGGGACCCAAGGAACAGAGCAACUCUCGCGGUGGGAGCAAGACCCAGUGAUCAGAUUAAGUCAUUACCUAUCUCUGGCCUCGCAGUGCGAUUUCGCGAGAAGAAGUAUGGACCACUGCUCACAGAGGAAGAAGGUCGGAUCGUGGAAGUGGAAGAUUUAGGGGGUCGGCUGAUAGUGGACGGCAAUUCGUACCCAAAGGAGACAGAUGAGGAAUUUGGCGGGGUGAAGGAGAAGGAAGAAGUUAUCGCUUUCCUGAAAGAAAAUAUGGUUUUCCAUGUAGCGGAGCCGUCUGAUAGCGCUUAUGCUAAUCGAUGGUUCUUCCUACAAAAGCCGAAUGGCAAGAUCCGAUGGAUCCAGGAUCUUCAGAAGAUCAACGCGGUGACGAUACGAGACGUGGGCUCUGUGCCGCACGCCGAUUUACUAGCAGAAGGCGCCGCAGGCAGGUCAAUUUAUUCGGUCUGUGAUCUGUUAUCAGGCUAUGAUGAGGUACCGCUUGAUCCUAGGGACAGGCACCUCACGGCUAUGCAUACGCCAUUGGAACUGAUACAGAUGAUGGUUGUCCCUAUGGGAUGGACUAAUGGGGUAGCUGUUUUUCAAAGAGCCAUGGUAGCCGUCCUCAAGGACUUCAUCCCUGAUAAGGUUGAGGUUUCUCUGGAUGACUUUCCUAUAAAAGGGCAAGUAAACAAGGAUGAGACAGAGGUUAUACCAGGAGUUAGAAGAUUCGUCGAGCAACACCUAACAGAUAUUUGCGCGGUACUUGAGCAGCUGGACGAUGCGAAUUUAACGGUCAGCGGAAGUCGAUGGGCCGUCUCGACUAUUAAGAUCUUGGGCUUUAUUUGUGACUCGAGAGCAUGCCAAGCAGAUCCGACGAAGCUAGACAAACUCCUGGACUGACCGUCACCGUUACAUGGUCCAACCGAG